GGCUGAAACCGUCUAAAAUCCUAAAAGACCGAGAUGCGCGGGCGAUUUUGCUUCAGUUCUUCUUCUUCCUCAAAACUCACUCUAUUUUCACUUCUCAAACAAAAAUCAAAGCGAAAAAUUUUAAAACCCUAGAAUCUUUCUCAGCAAAAAAAUGGGGAAUUAUUUUAAUAAAGAACCGCCGCCGCCGGUGGUUCUCGUUCCUCCUCUCUUCGAUUUUCCUCCUCUCGCCGCCCGUACCAGGAUGUUGGAAAGUUCUUAUAAUAUGUUGUUUGGGAAGCUAGGUUUGAAAUGUUUGUUCGAAGAUUAUUUUGAAGAAGCUAGACAUUUUAAUACUAUUUUCAUGCUGAAACCAAUCGAUGAUCCUAAUGUUGAUAUGAUGGCAACCCUUUCAGGUCCAUUUAAUCAUAAACCUGAAGAGAGAAUUGCUGGAAAUGCGUCAUUUCGCUGGCAAAAUGAUGUGGAUGAUCCUCAUACAUUCAUGGACCUUUUUGUAUCAAAUUCUGAUCCUGUUUUACGGAUGAGGUCCUGCACUUACUUUCCGAGAUAUGGUUUUGGGGUAUUUGGCAUUUUGCCAUUGCUGUUAAAGAAAAGAGUAACUGCUGAAGACUACGGUGUCAUGGGAUUGAGAUAUGGAUCAGGAUGGUUAUCAGCUGGAGUCACAGUUAUGCCCUUUGCCAUUAAAGAUCAAUUGCCAAGGAGUGCAUGGCUCGUAAGCAAGUUGGGAAGGUUGACUUUUGGGGUUCAGUACGAGCCACAAUAUGGAAGUGAAGAUGAGAUGAAAUAUAAAAAUAAAUUAAACUGGAGCUGUGCCAUUGGUUAUGGAGUAGGAUCAGGCUGUCCCUUGAGUCCAUCAUUUACUUUUGGCCUUGAACUUGCCAAAAGUUCUCAGUUCAUUGCAUCGUUCUAUCAACAUGCGGUGGUCCAAAGGAGGGUGAAGAAUCCCUUUGAAGAAAGUGAAGUUGUUGGAAUAACUAAUUACAUUGACUUUGGAUUUGAAUUACAAACAAGGAUGGAUGAUGCCAAAAUAUCAAACAACAUACCUGAUUCCACCAUUCAAUUAGCUGCGUCCUGGCAAGCCAAUAAAAACUUCUUACUGAAGGGAAAGUUGGGACCUCUCAGCUCAUCACUAGCUGUGGCUGUCAAGUCAUGGUGGAAACCUUCGUUCACUUUCAGCAUUUCAGCAAAUAGGGAUCGCAUUUCUGGAACUACUGCAUAUGGAUUGGGCCUCCGCAUAGAAAAUUUAAGAGAAGCCAGCUAUCAAAGAGCCGAUCCAAAUUUCGUAAUGCUGACACCGAACAAGGAGCACCUAGCAGAGGGCACUGUUUGGAAGACUGGAAACAGGCCAAUGCUAGAGGCAGAUGUAAAUGCCGGAAAUUUUGAUCGUUUACCCAAGGAAUUGAGACCCCAAGGAAGAAUUUUGUAGAUAUUAGUUCUGCUAUUUCCACACCUCAAGUAGGGUAUUACACUCUUUUCUCUCUCUCUUUCUAUUAAAAGUCUUUUUAAGAGUUAAUCAUUUGUGAGAAGAGUAGAUGCAUUAGUGAGAUUAGAAUCCCGGAAUUCUUUGAAAAAAGACAAGGGAAACCUAGGCGAGGAAUACUUCCUGUUGCAGUUGUCUGUGGUAAUAAGAAUAGGUGAUUUUGGAACCGAUUGCCAUCUUGUUACGUAUAGAGGAGGUUCAUGUUUAUGGUUGGAGUAACCUUUUGGAACUUCUCAUUUUACUAUUGGCUUAUUCCCAAAGAGCAAGAACUCUAUUCUAAUUAGGCA